AUGCCUGGAGGGUACAAAGGCGAGUGUGGGGACGAUGUGGACCCCCUGCCUUUUCUGGCACCCCCCGAGAAGGAGAGGAUCGAAGCUAUGAACAAGCCUUAUGACAUCAAGAGGUCGUGCUGGGUGAAGGACGAAAAGGAAGGCUUCAUGGCUGGUGAGAUCCAAUCCGAGCAGGGCGACCGAGUAACGGUCAAGACUAUCACCAACCAGACACUUACUGUGAAGAGAGAUGAUAUCCAGCAGAUGAAUCCACCCAAGUUCUACCAGGCCAACGACAUGGCCGACAUGACCUUUCUGAAUGAGGCCAGCGUCCUGGAUAACCUCCGACAGUGUUACACCAACAUGAGAAUCUAUAUCUACUCUGGUCUGUUCUGUGUGACAGUCAACCCAUACAGGUGGCUUCCCAUUUACGGCGCCCGAGUGGCCAACAUGUACAAGGACAAGAAGCGUACAGAGAUGCCCCCUCGCCUCUUCUCCAUCUCUGACGAUGCCUACCAUGACAUGCUCAUGGAUCGUGAAAAUCAGUCUAUGCUAAUCACUGGAGAAUCUGGUGCUGGCAAGACUGAAAAUACCAAGAAGGUCAUUCAGUACUUUGCCAAUAUCGGAGGCACUGGCAAACAGUCUUCAUAUGACAAGGCCGGCUCACUGCCUAAACAAAUCAUCCAGGCUAACUCUGUGCUGGGGGCUUUUGGUAAUGUCAAGACUACCAGGAACAACAAUUCCUCUCGAUUUGGCAAGUUUAUCUGAAUCCACUCUGGCACCACUGGCAAACUGGCUGGGGCUGACAUUGAGAGCUAUCUCUUAGAGAAAUCUCGAGUCAUUUCCCAGCAAGCUGCUGAGAGAAGCUAUCAUAUCUUCUAGCAGAUCCUCUCUAACAAGAAGCCUGAACUUCUUGAAAGUUUGCUCCUGGUGCCCAAUCCCAAGGAUUACCACUGGAUACACCAGGGUGUCACUACUGUCGAUAACAUGGAUGAUGGGGAAGAGUUACAGAUCACAGAUGUUGCUUUUGACAUCCUGGGCUUCCUUGCAGAGGAGAAGAUUGGGGUUUACAAACUUACUGAGGGCAUCAUGCAUUUUGGGAACAUGAAAUUCAAGCAGAAACCAAGAGAGGAACAGGCAGACAUGGACACCACUGAGGUGGCUGAUAAAGUCACCCACCUCAUGGGUCUCAACUCCGGUGAGCUGCAGAAGGGCAUCACCAGGCCUCGAGUCAAAGUCGGCUAUGAAUUUGUACAGAAGGGCCAGAACAUGGAACAACGUAACAACUCCAUCGGAGCCCUGGGCAAAGCCGUCUAUGACAGGAUGUUCAAGUGGCUUGUGGCCAGGAUUAACAAGACGUUGGACACCAAAAUGCAGCUGCAGCUCUUCAUCAGGGUGCUGGACAUUGCUGGCUUUGAGAUCUUUGAGUUUAACAGCUUUGAGCAGCUCUGCAUCAACUUCACCAAUGAGAAGCUUCAGCAGUUUUUCAAACAUCACAUGUGUGUGCUGGAGCAGGAAAAGUAUAAGAGGGAGGGCAUUGAAUGGGUCUUCAUUGACUUUGGUCUAGACCUACAGGCCUGCAUUGACCUUCUGGAAAAGCCCAUGGGUAUCUUCUCCAUCCUGGAAGAGCAGUGUGUCUCCCCUAAAGCCACAGAUGCUAAUUUCAAGGUAGCCUUGUAUGACAAUCACUUGGGAAAAUCCAAUAAUUUCCUCAAGCCAAAGGGAGGCAAAGGCAAAGGCCCCGAAGCCCACUUUGAGCUGGUCCAUUACGCUGGCACGGUGGGGUAUAACAUCACAGGCUGGUUGGAGAAGAACAAGGACGCCUUGAAUGAAACGGUGGGCUUGUUCCAGAAAUCCAGCAUGGUGCUACUUAAUACGCUCUUUAAAGAAGAGGAGGCUGCAGCUGGAGCUAAGAAGCAAAAAAGAGGGUCGUCCUUCGUGACUGUCUCCAACUUCUACAGGGAGCAGCUGAGCAAUCUGAUGACCACACUGCACAGCACUGCCCCUCAUUUUGUCCGAUGCAUUGUCCCUAAUGAGUUCAAACAGUCGGGGGUGGUAGAUGCUCACUUGAUCAUGCACCAGCUGGCUUGUAAUGAUGUCCUGGAAGGCAUCCGUAUUUGCAGGAAGGGUUUCCCUAACCGAUUAGAGUACCCCGAGUUCGAACAGAGAUACCAAGUCUUGAACCCCAAUGUGAUCCCUCAGGGAUUCGUGGACAAUAAGAAGGCCUCAGAACUGUUGCUUGGCUCUAUUGACAUAGAUAUAAAUGAAUAUAAAAUUGGACACACCAAGGUAUUCUUCCGGGCUGGAAUCUUGGCCAAACUGGAAGACAUGCGAGAUGAACGCCUGGCCAAAAUCAUGACCAUGCUUCAGUGCCGUCUCCGGGGUUUCCUGAUGAGGGUUGAAUUCAAAAAGAUGCUGGAAAGAAGACUUGGCCUGAAAGUCAUCCAGCGAAACAUUGGCAAGUUCCUGCAGCUUCGAUUCUGGGGCUGGUGGAAACUAUACAAUAAGGUAAAGCCUCUUCUGAAUGUGGCUCGGCAGGAAGGGGAGAUGAAGGCCAAGGAGGAAGAGCUGGUCACCAAAGUCAAGGAACUGGAAGAAAAAACAGCUGCACUCAGCCAGGAGAAUGACCUAACCAUCCAGCUGCAGGCAGAACAAGAAAACCUCUCAGAUGCAGAGGAACGCCUCACUCAGAUGAAGAAAACCAAAAUGGACCUGGAGAGCCAAAUUUCAGACAUGAGGGAGAGGCUGGAGGAGGAGGAAGGCGUUGCAGCUUCCCCUGCCAAAAAGCGAAAGCUGGAAGGGGAGAUAAGUGACUUGAAACGGGACCUUGAGGGCGUAGAAACUACCUUGGCUAAGACAGAGAAGGAGAAACAGGCCUUGGAUCACAAAGUACGAACCCUGAGUGGUGACCUCUCCCUCCAAGAAGACUCCAUUGCCAAGCUCCAGAAGGAGAAGAGGGAUCUGGAGGAGCUUCACCAGAAAACUCUUCAAGACCUACAAACCAAGGAGGACAAGGUGAAUCAUCUAAUGAAAAAUAACAGCAAACCUGGCACCCAGAUCCAUGAGCUGGAAGACAACUGGGAACAAGAAAAGAAGAUACAGGCUGAGGUAGAGAAAGCCCACCGGAAAGCUGAGAGGGACCUGAAGAUGACCAUUGAUAACCUUAAUGAGAUGGAGAGAGCUAAGCUGGAUCUGGAGGAGGUGGUUAAGAAGAGAGACAUGGAAAUCAAUUCUGUCAACUCCAAAUAUGAGGAUGAGAAAUCUCUGAAUUCCACACUGCAGAGGAAACUGAAAGAACACCAGGCCCGGAUUGAGGAACUGGAAGAAGAAUUAGAAGCGGAGAGGGCUUGAGAGCAAAGGUAAAUAGCAAAAAGUUCUCACUCUCUGGCAGAAAAACAACGGGACCUUGAAGACCUCAGUGACAGGCUGGAAGAAGCUGGAGGAGCCACCUCUGCUCAGAUCGAGCAGAACCGCAAGUGGGAGGUGGAGCUCCUGAAGCUUCGCAGGGAGUUGGAAGAGGCAGCCUUGCAGAGUGAGGCCACUGCCUCUACCCUGCGCAAGAAGUGCACGGAUUCCAUGGCUGAGCUCACCGAGCACGUGGAGAACCUCCAGAGGGUGAAGGCCAAACUGGAGAAGGACAAGCAGGUCGUGAAGGCGGAGACUGAUGACCUCAGUGCCAGCAUGGAGGCUGUCCAGAAAUCCAAGGUGAAUGCUGAGGCUCAUGUCUGGAAGCUGGAAGACAAUCUAUCUGAGGCUAACGCUAAAGUGGCCGAACUGGAGAGAAACCAAGCAGAACAUAAUGCUAUCAGAACCAGGCUUCAAGCUGAAAACAGUGAGCUAAGCUGGGAACACGAGGAAUCCCAGAGUUGGCUAAAUCAGAUCUUUAGGAUUAAGACUUCGCUGUCCUCUCAGGUAGAAGACUACAACAGGCAGAUGGAAGAAGAGUCAAAGUCACACAGUGCUGCUGUCGCGAGUCUGGCCAACACCAAACGCCUGGAUUUGAUAAAGGAGCAGCUGGAGGAAGAGCAAGGGGGCAAAUCUGAGCUGCAGCGCCUGAUGUCCAAACUCAACACAGAGGUGACCAUGUGGAGAACCAAGUAUGAAACUGACGCCAUUCAGAAAACAGAGGAGCUGGAGGAGACCAAGGGGAAACUGGCAGCCAGGCUGCAAGAAGCAGAGGAGGCAGCAGAAGCUGCCCAGGCCCGGGCUGCCUCCCUGGAGAAAAACAAACAGAGGCUCCAAGCAGAAGUAGAAGAUCUCACCAUUGAUCUGGAGAAGGCCAAUGCUGCUGCUGCUGCUGCUGCUGCUGCCCUGGACAAGAAGCAAAGGAUCUUUGAUAAAAUGAUAGCUGAAUGGCAGCAGAAAUGUAAAGAGCUGCAGGUCGAGGUGGACAGCUCCCAGAAGGAGUGCCGCAUGUACAUGACCGAGAGCUUCAAGAUCAAAACAGCCUACGAAGAGUCCAUAGAGCACCUGGAAUCUGUGAAGAAAGAGAACAAGACAUUACAAGAGGAGAUCAAAGACUUAAUUGACCAGCUGGGUGAGGGAGGACGGAAUGUACAUGAACUUCAGAAGUUGAAAAAGAAGUUAGAGAUUGAGAAGGAAGAGUUACGGGUGGCCCUGGAGGAAGCUGAGUCUUCCCUGGAGGUGGAAGAGAGUAAAGUGAUAUGCAUUCAGCUGGAAUUGGCUCAAGUCAAAGCUGACAUUGAUAGGAGAAUCCAUGAGAAGGAAGAAGAAUUUGAAGCUACAAGGAAGAACCACCAACGAGCCAUCGAGUCCCUGCAAGCCAGCCUGGAGGCUGAGGCCAAGGGACGGGCCGAGGCUCUCUGGCUCAAGAAGAAGAUGGAGACAGAUCUGAACGAAAUGGAAAUCCAACUGGAUCAUGCCAACAAAAACAACAGCGAGCUUGUCAAGACCCUGAAGAGGCUACAGCAACAAAUCAAGGAUCUCCAGAUCCAAAUGGAUGGGGAUGCUCGGCAGCAUGAGGAGCUUCGGGAACAGUAUAAUCUUCAGGAACGCCGCCUGAGCCUCCUGCAGACAGAAUUGGAAGAAGUUCGGUCUAGCCUGGAGGGCAGCGAGAGAUCUUGAAAGCUGCUGGAGCAGGAGGUGGUUGAGAUUACUGAGAGACACAAUGAAGUCAACAUUCAGAACCAAAGUCUGCUAGCGGUCAAGCGGAAACUAGAAUCAGACAUCCAGCGCAUCUCCAAUGAACACAAGGAGCUCAUCAGUGAAUUCUGUACGGCUGAUGAAAGAGCCAAGAAAGCUAUGGCUGAUGCUGCUCACAUGGCGGAAGAGCUCCGUCAAGAGCAGGAUCACUGCAUGCACCUGGAGAAAAUAAAAAAGAACCAUGAGCUCACCAUCAAGGACUUGCAAGCUAAGAUGGGGGCUGAACAGUUGGCUCUAAAAGGUGGAAAGCACACAAUAAUGAAACUGGAAGCCAAGAUUAAGGAACUGGAAACCGAACUAGACUCAGAACAGAAACGCCACGUUGAGAUGGUCAAAACCCUGCAUAAAAACGAACGUAGCCUCAAAGAGCUGCUGUUCCAGACAGAUGAAGAUCAUAAGACCAAUCAGCGCAUGCAAGAGCUGGUGGAGAAGCUUCAGAAUAAACUGAAGGUCUACAAGAGGCAAACUGACGAGGCGGAAGAGCAGGCCAACCAGACUUUGGCCAGGUACCGCAAGACUGUGUAUGAGCUAGAUGAUGCUGAGGAGAGAGCAGGGAUGGCGGGGACGGCCCUGAACAAGCUGCGGACGCGGCACCGGGUAGCCAGCAAAGGGAUCACCUCGGUGGAGACCAUCCUAGUGUCCAAGACUGGAACCUCAAAAACUAUUUCUGAGGAAUGAGAUCCGCCGGUGCCUGACAUCUACAGCUGGGUGACACAGAGCUCAACAGCAGCCCAUUGUAUGGAAGAAAUAAUGAAAAAAAGAAAACUGGGCCUAUUAAGAAGAUGGGUAUUAUGCAAAGAAAAGGCAGAACAAGAUAGGAGCUGAAAAAUAAAGAGAGCUAUGAAUAAACGAGCUAAGAGGUUUAAAAACCCAGACUUGGCAAGGUCUGUAAUCAAAGUUGCUCCUUUCUGAGACCCUGUAUCAGUAUAAGUUGUCAGAAACAAUGGGCCUAUUUUUAAGUGAGAUCUUCUUACAUGCUCAUGUCAAGGAUGAACAUGUAAUAUAUUUGUGUGAGCUGGCUAUCUUCUUUCUGUAAAUAAUCUCUCAUUUGGACAAUCUUGAUGCUUCGUCCUAAUGAGUUUAAAUAAAAGUAAU